AUGUCUUCAAGAGAAGAUUCGAACCUCGUUUCAAGAGCGUUAAGUUUUUGGAAUUCUAUUCAAUAUUCAUAUACACCAAUAUCAGCAACCUCAAACCGUUCACCUCGUCCACCUCAAACUCCACAAAUUCCGCGUGGAGCACAAGGAUCACCGGGUACAUCAAACUUCCAAAGUUUCAACAAUCGUUAUGAUAAAGCUUUGGAAGAAAUUAAGAGAUAUGAAGAUUUUACUACAAUUGAUUGGGUUCAAGAUGCAAUACACGAGCGAUCUAGAAUGAAUGCUUUGAGAAAUGCAGCAAUAGAAAAUCGUUCUUCAUGGAGUACUUGGUUACGCCUUUCUUAUGAAGCUAGUCAAUCAUGGAUUGUUGUGUCUAUAGUCGGAGCGUUUAUUGGUUUGAAUGCAGCUUUAAUCGAUAUUAUCACAGAAUGGCUAUCAGAUAUAAAAUCUGGAUAUUGUAAAAAUUCCUGGUGGUUAAAUCAAAAGUUUUGCUGUUGGGAAAUCGAAGGAGAAGAUGAUUCUUGUGAGCUUUGGCAUGAUUGGUCCCAAUAUAACAUUAUAAAUUGGUUUUUUUAUGUAGCAUUCGCAACUUUAUUUGCGGCAGUCUGUGCGUUUAUGAUACGUGCUUUCGCGCCGUAUGCCGCCGGAUCUGGUAUUUCGGAAAUAAAAUGUAUUCUUGCCGGAUUUGUAAUGAAAGGUUUUCUUGGAGGUCGAACAUUACUUUUGAAGAGUGUUUGUUUGCCACUAGCAAUUGCAUCCGGAUUAAGUAUUGGAAAAGAGGGACCUUCAGUUCACACUGCAGCUUGUGUUGGAAACAUCGUUUCACGAUUAUUCAAAAGAAAUAAAGCCAAAAUGCGAGAGAUUUUAUCUGCCUCUUGCGCGGCAGGUGUUGCCGUAGCAUUUGGCUCUCCUAUUGGCGGUGUUUUAUUUUCUUUCGAGGAAAUGAGCUCAAAUUUUCCUAUGAAAACUCUUUGGCGAAGCUUCUUUUGUGCUUUAGUUGCCACCGUAGUUUUACAGGGAAUGAAUCCAUUCAGGACUGGAAAACUUGUAAUGUUUCAUGUUACCUAUGAUCGAGAAUGGCAUUUUUUCGAAAUUAUCUUUUUCAUCAUAUUGGGCGUUUUUGGCGGUUUAUAUGGUGCUCUGGUAAUAAAAUAUAAUAUCAAAGUGCAACAUUUUCGAAAGAAAUAUUUGAGAGGUUAUGGUGUUGCAGAAGCUAGUGCACUUGCUUUCAUUACCGCUUUAAUUGGAUAUUUUAACAUCUUUAUGAAAUUAGAUAUGACUGAAACUUUGGGUAUUCUUUUUCAAGAGUGCGAAUCUAAAACUCACGAUUAUGAAAAUUUAUGCGUUGAUUCACAAACGUCUAGAAUGGCGCGUUUAUUAUUAAUUGCAACAAUACUCAGAACCGGAUUUGUCAUAAUUUCUUACGGAACCAAGGUUCCAGCAGGAAUUUUUAUACCUUCUAUGGCAGUAGGAGCUACUUUUGGUAGAUUUCUUGGCCUUUGUGUUAAAGCUUUGCAAAAUUCAUAUCCAGAAUUUCCAUUAUUCGCAACAUGUAAACCUGAUACAGCAGUAAGUACAUAUUUCUUGUUUAUUAAAAUUAUGUUGGUCGUUGCUAAUUUAGCCUUGGUAUGCAAGUGUGUUACACCAGGAAUGUAUGCAUUUUUGGGAGCUGCAGCUGCAUUGAGUGGAGUUAUGCAUUUAACAGUUUGUGUAGUUGUUAUUAUGUUUGAGUUAACAGGAGCUUUAACUUAUAUUUUGCCGACAAUGAUUACUUUGAUGGUUACAAAGGCUGUUGGUGGCUUACAUACUGCUGAUCAAAUGAUCAGACUAAACGGGUUUCCAUUUUUGGAUAAAGAAGAAUAUUCUUUUGGAGUAUCCGUCGCAACUGUUAUGAGAAAGAAAGGACUAGCAGUAAUGCCUGCUAUUGGUAAAAGAUUAGAGAAGAUUGAUGAAAUGCUGUUGGACACAAAUUAUCAAGGAUUUCCAGUUGUACAAGAUGAACAAAGUAUGACUUUAUUAGGUUACAUUGGGAGAGUAGAAUUAAAAUAUGCUAUAGGUAAUAAUAUUGCUAAGAGACUUCGUGGAACGUCAAAUGAUGCACAUUGUUUUUUUAACCCUGAAGAUAAUUUUUCGGAUCAUGAUAAUAGUGGAGAAAGUUCAUCAAAUUUUAUCGAUUUCGGGCCAUUCAUAGACCAGACGCCGAUCACUGUACAUCCGAAAUUACCGCUUGAAACGGUUAUGGAUUUGUUUAAGAAAAUGGGGUUAGCAUUAGUAGGACUUAUAACCGUAAAAGAUGUGUUAAAAUAUAUUGCAAGGAAAGAGGCUGAAGAGGGAAAGGAUGUAACAGAUUUAGAACUAACUAAUAACGAUAUUGAUGAUAGUAAUAGUAAUAGUUUUGGUUUGGUUGGAAGGAAAAGAGGUAUAAAUUUAAUAGACUUAGGGAAGAGAAGAGAGAACGAUUUAUAG